AUGUCUACACAGUUCAAGAAGUCUAAUCAUAACAAGCAACCGCACAACAGCUCCAAGAAACUGGAUCCACAACUGAAGUUCAAAUUGGACACUUUGACAGAACUUUUCCCAGAUUGGACAAAUGACGACCUAAUUGACUUGGUUCAGGAGUACGACGAUCUCGAGACAAUCAUAGAUAAGAUCACAUCCGGUGCGGCCACGAAAUGGGACGAGGUGAAAAAACCGUCCAAGAAGGAAAGACAGCUACAGCAGCAGCAACUACAACAGCAACAACAGCACAGCACAAACGCAGUCACAAACUCGGACGGCACAAGCGGCUCCACGCAUAAUUCGCAUAACAACAACAACAGCACCACCACCACCACCACCAACAAUCCCAGCACCAACAACAGUUCCAGCACUCAUAAUCACUCUGGCCAGCACGCAGCAGCGUCCGGCGAAGCUGACCACUCGCAUCCCAAUUUUUCCAAGCACAACAGAGAGUCUGGUCCCAGACAUCACAAGAAAAAUGCGGGCAGAGAACGUGGCGGUGCUAAGGCUGCAACGGCCAGUUCAGCAGCAGCCAUCGCCGCUACAGCGGCUCAACCCGAGCAACUCAAGCCAGCCGUUUCUGCUGCCAAGAUUGCCUCGUCGUCCACCACAUCUUGGGCUGCAAUGGCUGGCGACAAGAAAGUCGCCAAACAACAAAAUACCAACGUGGCACACACCAAGGGUCAACCGGAACACCCAGGGGUACCAAAGGCUGCUUCAGGACCACAAGAAGGCGUUCAAGAAUCGCAACAACAAGAAUUGCAAGAUCAGGAAGAAACCAACGUCCAGGAUGCUACGGCCGCAGCCAUUGCAGCUACCAGUGCGCCAAUAGAAGAUAUCGAAAAGCCCAAAAAAAUGACCUGGGCUGCCAUUGCCACACCAAAACCUAAACCCGGUGUUUUGAAGAAACGCGAACCACUAGAAGAGCUUGAAGAUUUGAAGAAAGAAGCAGCUCAAAUCUCACCAGAACUUGUCACUGAAGAAACACAGGUGGUGGCACCAGUUUCUGAAGAACCUGUCCAAGAACCAAUCACAGAAACUUUGGAACCAGCUGAAUCUGUUCCUGAAAAUCAAGAGCAAUUCGAGCAACCCCAAGAACAAGAGAUUUCAAGAGCCAUUGAAACCGAGCAGGCGCCAGGAACUGAAGCUCCUGAAGAAGCACCAGCUGCUCCUAUCAAGCAAGAGACCGCUACUUUCUCCCCACAAGAACAACAACAAGAACAACAACAACAGCAGCCACAGCAAUCGCAACCACAACAACAGCAGGAAACACCAGCUUCUUACGGUGGCGAUGCCUCGGUCCGUGCUCCAUCUUCUUCCGAACAGACCUUUUAUCAACCUCAGUCCCAACAGCAAUACUCGUCCCACACUCCUCAACAAACCCCUCAACCUUUGCAGCAACAAAAUGCCGCUGCUGCCGCCGCUGCUGCUCAACAGCAGUACUACAUGUACCAGAACCAAUUCCCAGGUUACUCGUACCCUGGUAUGUUUGACAACCAGAGCUAUCCUGCUGGCUACGGACAACAAUACGUUCCUCAAAGUCAAGGCGCUUCUCAAUCUCAACCAUCAUCUGGUCAGCAAGCGCAGUCGCAGACUCAUGCGGGACAAUAUGGCAUUCCAUCGAGUUACAGCGGCGCUAGCAGAGACAUUGCCACUGCUUCUCCAGUUGCUUCUCAAGUUCAAUUGCAACAGCAGCAGCAGCAGCAGCCAUACGGUGGCUCUUUCAUGCCAUACUACCAUUUUUACCAACAAUCGUUCCCCUACGGUCAACCUCAGUACGGCAUGGCUGGCCAGUACCCUUACCAGGUGCCAAAGGCUUACGGCAGCUACAUGAACCAAUACCAACCAGGACAGCCAGGACAGACGUCUUCGUCUCAGCCUCAGCAAGGUGAGGAAGCUCAGCAGAGCUCGCAACAGGGUCAGACCGCAGGAGCUUCUCAAGGGCAAACGCAAAGCUCCGGAAGCCAAGGUCAAGCCCAAGCAAGCGCUCAGCAACAGGCUCAACUACAACAGUACUACCAGUUCCAGCAACAGCAACAACAACAGCAACAGCAGGCCGCUGCAGCUGCUGCAGCUGCCCAACAAGGUGUUCCUUACGGCUACUCGGGCUACGAUUUCUCUUCGCAAGGAACCAGAGGUUUCUAUUGA